GAAAAGUCUAGCUCUGGCCACUGUCUUCCUUCGAGCGAUUAUACCGGCUUCACUGUGGAUCUUAAAAUUAUUUUGGGACAAUACUACUAUGGAUGUAUUUCGGGCAGUAGCCUUCUACCUGCUAUUUAUCUUUCUGUGGGAUUUACCGUGUUUCCAGUCAGCUGCUAUUUUCUCCCCCUCAGUCUCCAGGAGGAAUAAGGGAACCAGGAUCCUACAUGAUGGACAGAAGCCCCCAAAAUUCCUUAAAGAAAUCUUCGCAUCCUCCUCGAGCCAAAGUUAUCAUCAGGAUGAGUUCAAAGACGCAAUUGUGCCACACGAUUACAUGCUCUCCAUUUACAGGACGUACUCUGCCGCUGAAAAACUGGGGCUAAACGCAAGUUUGUUCCGGGCGUCCAAAUCUGCGAAUACCAUUACAAGUUUUGUGGACAGAGGAAAAGACGAUCUCUUGCACUCUCCUUUGCGAAGACAAAAGUAUCUGUUUGAUGUCUCAACCCUUUCAGACAAAGAGGAGCUGGUGGGAGCUGAAUUAAGGAUAUUUAGAAAAGUGCCCGGGGAUUUCCAAGCGUCUCAGACAGGUCUCUAUGGCAUUCAAUUACUCUCCUGUCGAUCAGAGCGGCUACUGGAUUCUAAAUCUCUUGAUCUCCAGGAUUCUAGAAAACCAGGAUGGGAGGUUUUGGAUGUGUGGGAAAUGUUUAAAAAUCGCCAUCAUUCUGCACUGGGGAGCCAGCUUUGUGUCCAGCUCAGGGCUACUCAUGGUAAAUCAGAAACGGAAAUAGACUUAAAACGUCUUGGAUUUGACAGAAACAGCCGUCACCAGCAAGAGAAGGCUAUUUUGGUGGUAUUUACAAGGUCCAGAAAGAGGGAGAACCUAUUUAAUGAGAUGAAAGAGAAGAUAAAGUCUCGUGGCUUGCGAAAAACUGAGGAUGAAGGAGGUCUUCACUUCAAAGCCAGACGCAGACGUAGGACUGUGUUAAACAACCGGCACGGGAAGAGACACGGUAAAAAAUCAAAAUCGAGAUGCAGCAAAAAAGCCCUUCAUGUUAAUUUUAAAGAACUUGGUUGGGACAACUGGAUCAUUGCUCCUUUGGAUUAUGAGGCCUAUCAUUGUGAGGGCGUGUGCGACUUCCCCCUGAGAUCGCACUUAGAACCAACAAACCACGCCAUCAUUCAAACUCUCAUGAAUUCAAUGGAUCCCAAUAGCACGCCUCCGAGCUGUUGCGUUCCUACGAAACUUAGUCCCGUUAGCAUUCUUUAUAUUGACUCCGGCAAUAACGUUGUGUAUAAACAAUAUGAGGACAUGGUCGUGGAACAAUGCGGCUGCAGGUAGCAUUUUUCUUUCAAAUUAUUAGGAUCUGUGUUUGAUUCCAUAAACGCAAAACAAACGCUAUGGGCCGGUUCAGUGUGAAGAAGCCGUGUCAUUUCGUGUCUGAAGGCAGGACUUGCGUUUUGCCACACCACGUGUGCCUCAUUAAUAUUCAAAAGGGAUCUCUACAUAGAAUGCAUUAUUUGUAAUAUUGAAACAUAUUUAUUCUGUCAAUUUAAGCUCGUUUAACUCUUACAUAAUAGCCGUAACAUUAUCGAAUUAUGUAGGCCUAUGUAUAAUUACUAGUUUAAAGUCAUUCAAGUUCAAUCGGUCAUCUCAUGACAGCAAGCAAUUUAUUUAUUUUAAAGAUAGAUGGUUUCAGAUAGAUGAGUAGGCUCUACGGUCUUGCUAGGCUACGGUACGGUUCAAUAUGUCACUAAACUUCUACUGGCAGGUCACCGCUUCCAGUUUACAUACCAUAAUGCAGGAUCUGAUGCGAAGAACACCAUUCUAGCCACGUAGUGCUUGUUAAUGUCUGGACAAUGGGGAAUUUCGUUGCGCCAUUCUUUGCCUACGACAGAAUGCGCCGACAGGCACCUGUUCAAACGAAGGCCCUCGGAGCUUAGGAAGAAACACCGUUCCAGUUCCUUCCGCGGUCAUGCACUUGGAGACCCGACUGAACCGGCUGACUGAAAGUUGCUAGAGUCCAAUAAGGCUGAUGAUGCCGCAUCACAUGCCUUCAUAUUAUCGACAGGCCUUUACUGUCCCUUUGAAAGGUGAAUGUAACUACCAAACAUAAAGUGAGACAUGAUUAGAAAGUUAUACGGCUGAAUCCCCCUCCCCGCACGCGCACACUGCUUCCCGGCCCUGUAAGUGCGAAAACCAAACUACAGCUGCGAAAGACUUUGGGUAGCUACAGGACUAAAUGAAAACUAUUGGAAAUGUAGAAGAGCAGCGUGGUUUUGGAAAACAAACUUGACAUUAAAUUUCUUGUUGUGUCUGAACAUCAUAAUUAUGCGAAGACAUGGCGAAAAAGGCCAGUGGGAUCUCAUUGUUGCAUCAUAAAAGCACACGGAAAAACCUGAAGCCUCAAUGAUUUGUUGACUUUGGUACAACGUCUGCAUCUUUACGUACGCACUUCUGCGACAACUGUCCAUAUCCACGUUGUAAGGUGGAAAGGUCUUCCGAGAGAACUCCACUGUUAGAGACUCGCAUGCGAGAUAUUUAAUAUGCACAUUAGCUUUGAAUGCACUGCUGUUCAUAAUUUGAGCUGUAAAUAUGUGUAUAUUUAAACUUUGCAAGUGCAACAAUGAUGAAAUGACCAACCACAUUUCUUAUUAAUGUAUAUACCUUUAUAUGCACUCAAAUUGUUAUAAUUUCUAUUCUAUAAUUAUUAUUUUAUUAUUUGUGCUGUACAGUUUCAUGAUAAUCAUGUAUUUCCUACGAUGAUAAGAUUAAUUUAAAUGUAUUCAAUCUUCUGUACUGAGGGUGGAAACAAGAUUAAUGUCUACCUCAUAGUUAUAUAGGCUCUAAGUUCUGAGGUGCAUUCAAGUAGAGUGUAAAGUUCUUUUUAAUUAUAUAUUUUAACGGAUAAUAUUCCGCACUAUUACUGUACCAAUAAAACGGAAAAUGCACCCUUUCGUGUA